GAUGAAGUGAAGGUUCCCUCAAAACUCAGCAUCUCCAAAUCCUUGAGGGUUUCUGAGUCUGUGUCAGGAAGCAGAGGAGGCAGCAUGCUGGAGCUGAAGGAAGUUGUGGAAGGGGAGGAGGCAGGGGAAGCAGAGAAGGCAGACAAACCCCAUGUAGACCUCUCGUCAGAUGAGGAGGGGUUGGAGAUCGAGGACACCAUCGAGGAGACCCGCGCCGAGCGCAUCAAGCGAAGCAGCCUGCAGCGUGUACAAACCCUGAAGACGGUCUUCUCAAAGGAGAAGAUGGAUAAGAACAGAGCAAAGACCAAAGAGAACCUGGAGAGGACCAAACAGAAAACCAAGGAAAACAUUGAGAAGACAAAGCAGAAGACAAAAGAUAACCUGGAGAAGACCAAGCAGAAAACCAAGGAUACUUUGGAGAAGACCAAACAGAAGACCAAGGACAAUCUGGAGAAGACACGUCACAACAUCGAGAAGAAGAUGGGGAAGCUCGGAACACGGAUGAGUGUCAACCCUGAUCGCAAGCAGAAGAUCGUGACAUCCCGUGAGAAGGUGAAGAAGUCCUUCACACCGGACCAUGUGGUUUACGCCCGCUCAAAGACUGCUGUGUACAAGGUGCCCCCCUUCACCUUCCACGUCAAGAAAAUCCGUGAGGGUGCCGAAGAGGUGAUCCAGGGAACCGAGAUGGUGGAGGUGUCCCAGGAUGCUGAUGCCUUCAGUGGAGUGGAUGGGGAGGUGGAGGAGGGCGCAGUGGAGCUUGAGAUGGAGAUGAUGAAUGGAGGAGGGGAUGAGGAAGAAGCUGACGAGGAUGAAGAGGAAGACAGCCAAGAGGCUCUGCAGGAGAAUGAAGACAGAGAUAGAGACAGCGACUAGAUAAAGAAUAAGGAAUUGGUAAAGAUCCCUGAGAUUGUUAUGUAAAAGCAAAAUUGGGGAUUGCUAAAGAAAAAAAGAUGGUUCAUGACAACUUGGGUCUAUUUUUGUUAUUGUUUCAGCCAUUAUUGGUGUCAGUUAUGAUAACUUUGUACCUACAAGUAAUUGCUGAGAUCUGGGAACACGUGAACAGAUAGGUCAGUCAGAUGGUUAGACAGCUGAGUUAGGGUUAGGGUUAUGUAAAGUACAAACCACUUACAGAAAAACGUGUGGACAAGCACUGCUAUCAUAAGGACGGUACUGUUCAUCUUUGUUUUUCCAACCGUAUAAGUUUGGCAAGCCUACAAACCAUCCUUUCUGAUUGUCCGACUGUUUGCAUCUCUUGACUUGAAUCUUAAUGUUGCUAAAACAUAACCAAAGAGCAAAGCUAGUGCCAGGAAGUUUACCAGUAUACAACAACUGUAUUGCUGCAAAAAGAGUAGGGACUAGAAGGUAAUCUGACGUUGGGUUGCAGCAUUCCCAGAUCGAGAUAGUUCAUUUGUCAAGACAAUGUUAUUAUCACCAUUACGAAUAAUGGCAUUAACUACAACAUAGGGACCCAAGUUGUGCAAACAAAAUAAUAAAUCACCAGAAAGGGCUUCUUUUUCGAGGGAUAAUACAAAUCUUCCCAUAUCCCAUAUAUUCCCAAGUGCACAAGCACUUCACGGGUAAUGUAGCUAGCUGCUACAGUGUUUAGAGUCCAUAUGUGUUUGAGUGAAGUUGAUGAUCGUGAAAUUGGAAAGAAGAAGAAGAAGAAGAAGAAGAAGAAGAAAAUGUGAAGAGGAAAACGAAAAUAACUUUGUUCUUGGCUGGGGAAGGGAGGUGGGGUCAUUGUGGAACUGACACCAUCAUCGCAUUGUAACGUAUUUUUACCAUGUCCUCCUAUUUUAAAAAACCCAAGCAAGCAUAUGGAAAGGAAUAAUCUCCUGUCCUGAAUUAUAGUAUUAAUGUCCAAUGGAAAGUUGAACAGUGAAAUCCUAAUUUCCAAAUUGUUCAUAAACAAACGGAGUACAUAUUUGUGCUUAAAAUGCUUAAACACAUGUCCUAUUACAUAACACACACACACACACACACACACACACACACACACACACACACACACACACACAACACACACACACACACACACACACACACACACACACACACACACACACACACACACACACACAAAAGUAUUCCUUCCACCCCUGUGUCGUUCAUCUGUUGAAAUACUGAAGUGUUAUCUUACCCUGCUUAUGUACUCAUUACUUAGUUACCAUGUUGUCAUUUCUAGAUUUUGAUGAGUUCACAGUUAAAUAUUUGUAUAUGCAUUUGUAUGUGAACACAAUGUACACAUGGCUGCCGUCAAUGCCUAUUCAAUAUUGACAGCCUAAUAUUUGUAUCACACCUUGUUGCAGUACUCUAAUGCAACAUUGUCCUGCCAAAUGAUAACUAGUUCCCAUGAAAAUGAAGGUCUGCAAAUCAAAGGCAGAGACAGCUCAUCCAUCGCAUUUCACUCGCCAAUUGUAUUCACUUUGAUUAUCUUCUGAAAAUCUUCAUAUAAAUCGUGUUAUGUGCCUUUUUUAACAUGUGUUUCGUACAUAAACUGAGAUAAGGACCAAUACUCUCAGCAAGAA